AUGGGAGUUCCCGCAUUAUUCAGAUGGUUAUCUAGGAAAUACCCAAAGAUUAUAUCUCCAGUGGUUGAAGAAGACCAAAACGAAAUUGGAGGUGCCAAAUAUGAAGACCCCAAUCCAAAUGGAGAGAUUGAUAACCUCUACUUGGACAUGAACGGUAUCGUACACCCUUGCUCGCACCCAGAGCACAAGAAAGCGCCCGAGACAGAAGAUGAGAUGUUUUUGGAUAUCUUUACAUAUACUGAUCGAGUGCUCAUGAUGGCACGACCUAGAAAAGUAUUGAUGAUUGCGGUUGAUGGAGUGGCACCACGAGCCAAGAUGAAUCAGCAAAGAGCAAGAAGGUUCCGUUCGGCACAGGAUGCCAAGAUUAAAGAUGAGGCGAUUGCUAAAGAAAUAGCCGAUAAAGAGUUUCGUGGUGAGUUGAUUGACAAUGCAGUAAAAGUAAAGAAACUGUGGGAUUCGAAUGCCAUCACACCAGGUACACCAUUCAUGGAUAGAUUGGCUGAGGCGUUGCGAUAUUGGGUGGCAUAUAAGCUUGCAAACGAUCCAGGAUGGGCCAAUUUGCAAGUGAUCAUUAGUGAUGCCACUGUUCCCGGUGAAGGUGAGCACAAGUUGAUGAGUUUUAUUCGAUCACAAAGAUCUGAUCCUCAAUAUGACCCAAACACAAAGCAUUGCAUAUAUGGUUUGGAUGCCGACCUUAUCUUUUUGGGUUUAGCUACGCAUGAGCCACAUUUCCGAGUGCUCAGGGAAGACGUUUUUGCCAAUCAGGAAAAGAGAAUGACAAUUUCGGAUCAUGUCGCAAUGAAUAAGGACCAAGCAGAUCUGAUAGAAGAGCGUGACCGGAAAAAGCCGUUUUUGUGGUUGCAUGUGAAUGUCCUUAGAGAGUAUCUUGCUGUUGAACUACAUAACCCAAACAUGUCGUUUCCUUUUGAUUUGGAGCGUGCUAUAGAUGAUUGGGUGUUUAUUUGUUUCUUUGCCGGUAACGAUUUUUUGCCUCAUUUACCGAGUUUGGAUGUUAGAGAUAAUGGUAUUGAUACUUUGGUCAAUUGUUGGAAGAGGUGUGUCCCAAGGCUUCGCGAUUAUGUCACAAGUGAUGGUAAAUUAAACUUGGACAGUGUUGAAGUUUUGAUGGCAGAUUUGGCGAUUAAAGAGGAUGAGAUUUUUAGAAACAGGUUUAGAAUUGAGCAACGGAAAGAAGAGGGCCGCAAGAGACGGAAACUUGCAGAAGAGCAGGAUAAGGCAUUAAAGAGUGUGUAUUUGUCGCAAGUUUCCAAGGGAAAAGAAAAAGCACCCAUGGAAGCCAAUGUGAAUAUGCCUUUGAUGGAUACAAGCGGAAAUGUUGUUGAUGGUUUUGCUCCGUUGAGCAACAAGGAUAUUGUUCAUAAUAGAGAUGCAAUUACGUUGGCAGGAAUGGCUAAUCAAGAUGCAGCGGCUGCGUUGAAGAAAUUGAUUGACUCAAAGAAAAAGAGUAUGAUUGAACAAGAAAGGAGUAGUGGUGUAGCAGGUGCUCUGGGAGCAAGUGGAGACUCUCCAAGUGAGUCUAGUGAAGCAGUAGCUACUCCUUCUGCGGCAAACACGGACCUGGAAGAUACCAUAAAUGGAAAAGAGACCAAGAAGAGAUCUUAUCAACAAGACGAAAGCAUUGAGGAUGAGGAUAGGCUUAGGCUUCACGAACCAGGGUACCAAAAAAGGUAUUACGAAGUGAAGUUCCAUUGCACGAGUGAUGAAGAAAUUGAAGAGACGAGAAGAAAUGUGGUGAGAAGUUAUAUUGAAGGUAUUUCGUGGGUGGCGCUAUACUACUAUCAAGGUUGUCCAUCGUGGAACUGGUUUUAUCCAUACCAUUAUGCUCCGUUUGCUGCUGAUAUGACGAACUUAAGAGACCUUUUCCCUGAAGGUGUUAAAUUCGAAUUAGGGAAACCUUUCCGUCCAUAUGAGCAAUUGAUGUCUGUGCUACCUGCUGCCUCAAAGCACGCCCUUCCCGAUGCGUUCCAUGGUUUAAUGACCGACCCAAAGAGUGAGGUUAUUGAUUUUUAUCCAGAAGAUUUUGAAAUCGAUAUGAAUGGAAAGAAAAUGAGCUGGCAAGGUAUACCAUUGUUGCCCUUUAUUGAAGAGGAACGACUUUUGAAAGCUGUUCAGGCAAAGUACUCUGAGUUGUCGGAAUAUGAACUAAGCCGAAAUGUGAAUAAAGAGGCUGAGUUAUUCAUCUCUAAUCAAAAUAAAAAUUAUGCUUUAUUCAAAGAAGAGUUUUAUGACAAACAAAACACAGAGGUUAGUUUCAAGUUUGCUAGGAGUGGUUUAUCGGGAGUUGUUAUAAAGUUUAGCGGGUUCCAGCCAAAUGGAUUUCUCAGAUUCCCAUUGGAUCAAGGUGAAAUGCCCGAUGUUGAUAAAAGAGAAUAUUUGCAAGCUGAAUACCAUUUCCCAGCAAAGAGGAAAGGUAAAUCAAUGUUACUCAAUGGCUUUAUAGCACCUACACCGGCAUUGACUGUGAAUGAUGUAAAUGAAAUCUUGUACAAAUUGAAUUCGCAAGAUCUGAGAGGAAUGGGCGGUAAUUACAGAAACGAUUUUAAAGCAGUCAGUGAUUAUGUCAAUCGCGGCCCUGCGGGUAAAGAAGUUUACAAGUCUUAUGGCAUGAGAAUUGGAGGUUAUAGGUCCUAUUUGCAUGCAAUUAAAAAUGGACAACCAAAUAUACAAGAAAAUCGACCUCAUGCGCAAGGAUACUCUAAUCAAGGUUACUCCAAUACUGGUGGAUAUGGCAAUCAAAGAUAUAGUCAGCAGCAGCAGCAUCAGCAUAAUUAUUCUCAGCCAUAUGGUCAGAAUCAGAGGCAGGGUGGGUAUAACAACAGCAACUACAACAACAAUUAUAAUAGCGGUUACAACAAUCAUAAUAACUAUAGUAAUCAUAAUCACAACAACUAUAACAGUGGUUACUACAACAGCUAUAACAAUGGUUACAACAACAAUUAUAAUAACGGUUACAACAACAACGGCAACAACAACGACUAUAACAGUGGUUACAACAAUAACCAUCACAACAGCUAUAGCAAUAAUAACCAUAGUAGUAGGGGAGGUGCCAAUUCCAGAGCAAGUUUCUUGCCUCCAAAGCCGCGUUCAAAUAACGGACGCAACGGCUAUAGGUUUUAG